UUUUUGUACAUGUCCCCAGCCGGAUUCUAUGGUUUAUUGUUCGCCAAAUGUAUUGCAACAGUUUGCUUGAGCCGCAAUCUCGUUUAACUCUUAUACACUGCUUAAUUUAACGAACUUAUUUAAAGGUAUCUAAAUAAAUAUAUAAUUAUAUUUAAUAUUAAACAUAUGCGCAAUUCUAAUAAACACAUGGAGAAUCACAAACGCUUCCACAUAGAAGAGUGUUUCAAUGACGGUACGAGUACCCGUUGGAUUGGAUUUGAAGCAGGAGGCAAAGGAAUCAAUUAUAGACGGAAUCCUUGCAAGUGCCGGGUUAAUUAUCAUCCAGCUGGCUGCUUUUAGCGCUGAACUGGGUAUAAAAGCAGGCUAAGCCGAGGUGAAGCAGCAUUAGAACUCAGAAUGAAUCCCAAGUGCGAAGUCCUCAUUGCAGCAGUGCUUUUCCUGAUGCUGGCCUGCGUCCAGGGUCAACUGACGUUCUCGCCGGAUUGGGGCAAGCGCUCGGUUGGCGGAGCAGGUCCUGGAUCCUUCUUCGAGCCCCAGCAAGGCAACUGCAAGACCUCCAACGAAAUGCUGCUCGAGAUCUUCCGCUUUGUGCAGGCCCAGGCCCAGCUCUUCCUGGACUGCAAGCACCGCGAGUAGGCGGCCGACCCUGUAUCCCAUCCAGCUCCCCAUUCGGAUUCGGAUCUCGGACGAUGUCUAGCACGCACACACAUACACUAUUAUAUAUAUACCCCCAGAUAUAUAAGUACACAGCACGUUAUCAAGGUAGUCGUAGUCGGCAUUUAGAUUUAAUGGAACUUUCCUUUCCCCACAAUAAAUAAGCGCAUCCAAAAUGUA